AUGAUCACAAUCAAGGGAAUCCCCCUCUGUGUUGUUGAGGUCAAGAACCAUGACUUUAGCAAGGGUGGCAGGCAGAUUGCCGGCACAGCACAUCGCAUAUUCAUGGAUCAAGGCCGCAAUAUCCCAGCCGUCUAUGGUAUCCUUACAGAUGGUCUGACAUGGGUAUUGGAGCGACGCACGCCGACAACUGUUUCAUGGAUGACCUUCGCCCAUUCAGUUGAAGGACCAUUCAAAUGGUCCCAAGAAACUGUCACCAAGACCAUAGGUUAUGUUCAUGCACUCCUGAUCAUGAUGGCAGCCGACGAACCUACACCAUCACCAACUCGAACUUGA